AGAUAUUGAUGUACCUUGUCAGCUGUGCGGCGGCUCGUUUAAACAACGUGCUGAUCUUCCGAGCUCGAGGACAGCGCACAGGGUUGUGUGUCCUGUCCACCGAGAGAAGCUGUCUCGAGCUGUGCUCGCAAAGAUGCGCCAAAGUUCUGAGCCUCUGCCGUACCGCUGACGCUCCUGCGGAGCUUCUCCCGUGCCUCGGGCGGGUUUUUGUCUCCUUUGCACGUGGACCUAUAUGCAAUGAGGGCUUUCACCACUGAUCCUUGGUCACACCGCGCGUUGAACUGCGAUCUCUACUCGUAAUUGCUGUUAGGCGGCAAUGAUCGCGUAGUGAAGAUGGCCCGACCUCCAAUAUUCUAGACUACGCCGCGGAAACUAGCGAGUAUCGGUGUAACGUACAGUUCUGAUUUGCGGAAGACUGCCGCCCAGCGUCAAGCGCACCAGUGCAGGGUUUAUUUAAGGGAUGUCCCUGGCUGGUCGCGGGCCACGGCUGUCAAUGGCUUCCAUCCUACCUCCUGCAGGAGAGCUGCUCGGGCUCAUUCUACAGACCCUUUUGUACGGGGCAUACCUCAUCUUGUACGUCGCUUCGCUGUACUUCCUGUAUGGCGGGAAUUUCGAUACAAAGCGUCGCGGGCGGAAGUCGCCAAACAAGGCGGUCUUGUUAGGCGGCAUCGCCCUCCUCCUCACUGCCACUCCGCAAUGGAUCAUUCAAGUCGUCCGUGUAUGGACGGCCUUUAUCAAUCAUGCGGACACGCCGAACGGGCCGUUGCUGUAUCUGUCUGACCUCAGAGCACCACUUAGUAUCGCAAGGUUAUCCCUGUAUGUGGUAGAAGUCUUCGUGUCCGAUUUAAUUCUGAUAGCCCGGCUGUGGAUUGUGUGGGGGCGUGAUUGGCGUAUUGCAGCUGCACCUGUCUUGACCUGGGUGGGCUUGGUUGUGUGUGGAUGCAUGUACACCUAUGAAAUUAGUCGUCUGCCCCCAGGCGUUAACUUCUUUCGGUCCAGUUCCGCCAACUGGGUAGCAGCUGGUCUUGCUCUGACGUUGUUUACAAAUUUUUACUGCACAGGACUCCUCUCGUGGAAGAUUUGGUCAAGUCAGCGCGCGGUCCAGCGUGCGCUGUCAGGCGGCUAUAAGCCGUCAACUGCGAGGCGGAUCCUUGCCACACUCAUUGAGAGCGCAGCCCUAUACUCUGUUGCAAGCUUGAUCAUCGUGAUCGCCUACUUCGCCCAGUCUUUUGCAAGUUUCACCUGUAUCAGCUUGAUGGCUCCGCUGGUUGGCAUCUCCUACUGCCUCAUCAUUGUGCGCUACGGCAUGGACGGCGCUUUCAGAAACACUGCCCCUAUAUCGUCGGUCCGAUUCUCUCCACAAACUGAGAAUGCUGGGAACAGUACAUCGCACAGCACAGCAGAGGAGAGCUAUGCUAUAAAAACAUUCUCUACCGGCGGGGUAACGCAGACACAUGAUAUGGGAGAGCCGUGCUUGGAUGGGAAACCAGAUAGCGAGCAUACCGCGGUGUAGGUUGGAUGUUCUCACAUAUGUUAAUUGGGCUUAGUAUUGCAGCUCUCGUCUCCCGGAUACAUAUGGCGCUUCCUCACUGUCUUCCGAACCCAGUAUCGCGAAACCACGAGCCUCAUAUCGUUACCAAAGACGCUCGAUGGGAACUGAGGCAAGUACGGCACAGCGAACCAGCCAGGGU